CUCUUCUGGCAACCACUCACCCGCCAACCGCACCUUUCCCUCGGAUAAAAAGGCAGCUUUUAUCGGCCUGAAUAAAGUGAAGAGAAGGGGACAAACGAGGCUGGGAGGUGGAAGUAACCGUCGUGGGAGGGCGGUGGAGAGUGUUCCCGAGUGGGUGUUUGUUCAUAUAUAGUGGCGUGGAGCGGCGACUAAAGUCCACUUGGAUUAUUCUCUCUGAAAGAAACACACAUUUCCUGCUUUUCGACGACUCGCUCUUUGCGGUCCUUCCACUGAACCCGCCUGUUCCUCUGCCACACUCUUUGCAUGCGACGAUGUUUGUGUGAGCCGUUCCCUGGUGCGUGCACCCUGGUCAGGAGGAGAGUGCGCCGGCGGAGAUGAAGGCGGGCCGCUCCUCAUCACUGCGGCUCCUGCUGCUCGGCUGCUGCGCCUGCGUGGCCACCUUAGGGUACCCCUUCAGACCGCCGCUGGACCUGGACGUGACGCCGCGCGUCACCGUGUUGAGCAGCAGUCUCCAUGGCUGCAGGCGUUUCCGCUCCUCUGCCGUCAACUACAGCGCCAUGUUGCUGGAGGCUGACAGUGAGCAGCGCCUCUACGUCGGGGCCCGUGGGGCCGCGUUCGCUCUCGACGCCUAUGACAUCUCCGCCGCCUCUGCUCUGACUAUUGAGUGGGAGGCCUCCCUGGAGCAAAAACGUCAGUGUCUUCUCAAGGGAAAAGACAACAAGACGGAGUGUUUUAAUCACAUCCGCUUCCUGCAGAGGUUCAACGCCACGCAUCUCUACAUGUGUGGGACUCACGCCUUCAGUCCUAUGUGUGCAUUUAUAGAUGCUGAGAGAUUUGUGAUGUCUGCGCCUGAAGAGGGCAGAGACAAAUGUCCUUACGGCCCAAGGACGGGCUACACCGGCCUCAUCGUAGACCAGCAGAUGUACACCGCUUCCCAGUAUGAGUUUAGAAGCUUCCCGGAUAUCCGCCGUAACUCUCCGUCUCCCGUGCUGAAGACUGAGGAUGCUCCCACGCGCUGGCUGAACGAGGCUGACUUUGUGGGCUCCGCGCUGGUGAGGGAGAGCUUGAGCGGCAGCAGCACGGGCGACGACGACAAGAUCUACUACUUCUUCACUGAGGGGGGCCAGGAGCAGGCCAGCACCUCCACACACGGCAGGGUGGCACGAGUGGCACGGAUUUGCAAGGGAGACCGAGGAGGCCGCCUAACUCUCCAGAAGCGCUGGACGUCCUUCCUGAAGGCCAGGCUGACGUGCUCCCUGCCCGAGUACGACUUCCACUUCAACGAGCUGCGCAGCGUGUUCGUCAUGCCUGGGGACACGCCGCGGGACACGCUCUUCUACGGCAUCUUCGGCCUGGGCUGGAAGAACAUAAAGGCAUCUGCAUUGUGUCGCUUCUCGCUGUCUGACAUCCAAGAGGCCUUCCAAGGACCUUACAUGGAGAACCAGGACUCCAACUGGAAGGAGUACACUGGAAAGAUCCCUGACCCGCGACCUGGAACGUGUAUCACCAACGACAUGAGGGCCAAGGGCAUCAACGCGUCCACCUCCCUGCCCGACGACGUGCUCAACUUUGUCCGAAGACAUCCGCUGAUGUCCCAGCAGGUCCGGGCUUUAGACGGUCGCCCUCUGUUGUUCAGGAGGACUACGGACUACACCCACAUGGCUGUGAGCGCCGUGCAAGGCUUGGAUGGAGAAGAAUACCAUGUGUUGUACAUGGGGACAGAUGAAGGCUGGUUGCACAAGGCCGUACACGUGGAGGGUCGGCUGCACAUUAUCGAGGAGCUGCAGCUGUUCAAGGAACCGCAGCCGGUGGACAACGUGCUGAUCUCUGAAAAACAGACGAGUGUUUACAUUGGCUCUCCGUCCGGCGUGGUGCAGCUGCCCCACUCCAACUGCCGCAGGUACGCUUCCUGCUAUGACUGCAUCUUUGCCAGGGACCCUCACUGCGCCUGGAGCGGAGCCCACUGCGUGGAGAUUGCGGCAUACCCAGACAGAGCCGCUUUAAUCCAGGACGUCCAGCGAGGCAACAGGGGGUGCGACAACACUCAAGGCGACGUCACCGUGCGCAGUCGCUUCGUGCGAGUCGGUGACGACGUACUGCUGCAGUGCGAGCUCAGCUCCAACCUGGCCACGCCCCUUUGGAUGCUGGACGGCGACGAGCUACACGGCUACGGCCUCAGCUCCGGGUUCAGGACCGGCACAGACGGCCUGCUCAUCAUCGAGGCCCGGCAGGACCAGAGUGGCAUGUACACCUGCUACGCUGUCGAGAAUAAUGUCAAGGUUGCCAUGGUUACUUACAAUGUCACCGUUAGUGCGGACCUGCCCUCCCCUCCUCUGGUUGAAGACCAAGCUACCGCCUCACCAGUGCCCACAGGGCCGCCUUCAUCCAAGAGGCCUUUGGGUGCGCCCUUGGAACCUCUGCUUCCCCACUCGGAGCUGCUCUCCUCCAGGAGCAUGGAGGCCUUGUACCUGUCCCUCAUCACCAUCCUGGGUAGCCUGUGUGUGGUUCUCGCCGUGGUGUUGUUCUACAUGGGCUUCUGUCUGCGAGUGGGCCACAGAGGGAAGUACUCGCUACGAGCCGCCGCCGCAGCGUACCCCAGCUGCAAGACGACCAACAGGAACAGGAAGCAGCACCGAAACUCCGCCCUCAUGGAGCUGAGGACCAUUUCCAGCCACUGCAACGGACACGCCACCAAUAACGGCGUCUCGAAGCCUCCUCACGGGAACACAUACGACGGAGGCUUCCUCCAAAUUGUUCCUGGUGAAGCUUACACCUCGCCCAACGCAGAGACUCCUCCCCCAGCUCCUCCUCCGCCCCCUACCCCGCCCGAGUGCAGCUUCCCCAACGGGUUGUCUGCGACGCUGCCCAGCGUCCUGCGCAGGAUGAACGGCAACAGCUACGUGCUGCUGAGGCAAAGCGAGGCCGACAACGCGUCGACGCUCUGCUCGUCCUUUGCGGACGAGCUCAACAGGAUCUUGGAAAAGCGCAAACACACGCAGCUGCAGCCUAGGCCGGACGAGAGCUCUGUGUAGCGCCGCUUGGUGGUGGGAGGAGGCGACAUAAGGACAUUCUGGAGAUGAUCUUGCACUCAAAUUUCCAAAAGAUGUGAAAAUAAGACAUGGCAGCGAAGGCAUGGAAUGGAAAAGCUUUCUACCUCACCUCAUUUGUGCCCCGAGAGACACACGCAGCCUUGAGCGAGGAGAAGAAUAUCUAAACACACGUGAAGACUUCCAUAUUUGGCUCGACUCACAGCGGAGGGCAGCCAGCCGACGUCUGCUUGCACUAACUCAGUGCACAGAUGGCCUAUGCAUUUUUAAAACUUUAUUACAAAAAUUUAACACAUUCUUUUUCAUUAACUCACAGUAACUUUUAACACUCAAGAUACAGUUGAACCUCGGUUUUCAUCAUUAAUUUCUACCAAAAUUCUGGCACAUGCAACUUUUUUGCAGCACAUACUGUUUGAAAGGCUAUUUGUUCCACUCACAAAUACGCAGUGCGCUUGAACGCGUCAUCAGUGCAGGGCGCACAGUCCUUUAUAAGACAGGAGACAGAUACGGAGUUUUUCAUGAUUCUGUGAAAAAACAAGCCACACAAACACAUAAUAACAAUGAUUAAAAGAUUCCCUGUUGGGAAUCUGUCUGUAGUGUCCCACUUCCAAAAGAACAAUUAUGCAUGCUUCAUGGGUACUGAGUCACCAACGUGUGGAUGCUUUGUUUGGACACUCGAUUCAUUAGGCGUACGAAACAGAGUCAGUCUGCCAGUAAUUUUUGUCCAAAAGCGAAUUCUAUUAAAACCGAGGUACUGCUGUAUUUAAUAUUCACUAAUAGGGGUGUCACAAGAUCUUGUGUCUCAAGAUCUGGCGAGAUUAAAACGUGACAAGAUUCCUUGUUCAGAAAAAAAACUGUCCCGUGGGUACUACUGUAGAUCCGGGACAAUAAUAAAUAAAUAAAGUAAUCACACAAUACAUUUUUAACUCAUGACUUUUCCUCAUCUCUCGUCUCCAAACAGGCAGGAAGAUAAAAGAGAUCAAAUCUGAGUUAUUUUAUUUUGAUGAAGUGAUGGCCAAUUUUAAAUUAACAAACCAAGAAUCAAGUUUAUUUGUAGUUGUAAACAUAAUAAAGGUCUUUUUAAUCACUUUUUUUGUCUCUCCUACGAGGUUUGCUUUGUUGUAUUUUUCAUACAGCAUCUUGUGCAACAUCGUAUGCAAAUAAUAUGCAAAUUAAUUGAUGACGCCAUCUAGUGACUUCUAGGACAGCCAAUAGCUACUUUUCUUACUGCGGAGUUGGCAACAUUGGCACAUUUGUUCCACAGAACAACUGCAUGAACGGAGUGAGCCCUUUUGUCAGUCAUACAGUCUUUUUGUCUUGGUGGGUGGAGGCGGGGCCACCAGCAUACACACACAAAGUGCAGACGAGUGUAAUGUAGUAGAAAUUAAAUUAGUCGAUUUCAAUAUAUUUCAAAAUAUUUUUUCAUUGUACUUUUCUGUAAAGUAAUGUCAAAAUCCCAUCUCGUCUCGUUCCCGUAGACCCAAUCUCGUGUAUCGUCUCGUCCCGUGACACCCCAUUCACUAGUAAAAUCCACCGAGACUUCUUACCUUCUCUUGCUGUGUGCCAUUAAAAUAGCAACGCCUUAAUUAGCACUGUGAAGGGCGCUUUUAAAUAAGGGUGAAGUCUUUCCGUAAAAACAACGCCUGACUGACGUCUGUAUUAAUAAAAUAGAGUAAACGUUCCACAUGUCAAAAUGGUGUUUGGAUUUGUUUUUUGUUUUUUUUUUAGUAACAUGUAAAAUAAAUGUGGAAAAAAAAUACAAUUUAUUUGGUAAAGAUGGUGAUGGAAUUUUGUUGCACUGUUUGAAAUAUGUAAGUAUUAUUAUUAUGUUUUUUUAAUUAACAGUUUUAAAGUUAUUUGAUCCCACAAAGGACUUUGGCACUGGAUCCUACCAUGAACUUUUGGAACCUGGAGGACAAGAAGGACAAGAAGGACAAGAAGGACAAGAACCACACACACACACACGUAUGAGGUAAUACGUUUUUUGUUAUUGCCUGCUCAUUGGUGAUGUGUGAUACCACUGAUAACAUUUCUGAUCCAAAACUGAGUCAAAUUUAGGCUGGUAUCAGCGAUACCAAUCCGAUACUUUGCAAAUUCACCUAAAGUGUCUGGUAAAUUUUAAAAAGUAGGGUAUUUCAUGGAAAGAAUACAAGACAUUGAAUCAAUUCAUGGCCGCACGGUGGUCUAGUGGUUAGCACAUUGGCCAAUACAGGAACAGCCUGGAGAUCGGGAAGACCUGGGUUCGAUUCUCCCCUGGGCAUUUCUGUGUGGAGUUUGCAUGUUCUCCCCGUGUGCGCGUGGGUUUUCUCCGGGUACUCCGGCUUCCUCCCACAUUCCCAAAAACAUGCAGGUGAGGUUAAUUGGCGACUCUAAAUUGUCCAUAGGUAUGAAUGUGAGUGUGAAUGGUUGUUUGUCUAUAUGUGCCCUGCGAUUGGCUGGCGACCAGUCCAGGGUGUACCCCGCCUGUCGCCCGAAGUCAGCUGGGAUAGGCUCCAGCAUGCCCCCGCGACCCUAAUGAGGAUGAAGCGGUAUAGAAAAUGGAUGGAUGGAUGGAUGAAUCAAUUCAUUAAAGAAAUUAGUAAUUUCAUAUUAAUUUAGGUUAUUUAUCUUAUUUAUUUUAAGUAUAUUGAGGUAGCGGGACGAAUUACAAUAUAGCCAAGCUAAUGUAGAAAAAUGGCACAAAAUAAUAUAAAAUACAUGGAAAUGGUAUUUUAAAUGAUAAAAGAGAAUAAACAAAAUAAUAAAACCAUUAAAAUAAAUGAUUAAUUAUUAAGACCUACUUUAAGAAUGAAAACUGUAUUCACAAUUCACACAUGGCUCCGUUUACGAUCAGUCAACGCUUCAACAGACAAAUAUUACCUCAAAUGACUGACUUAUCAAAAGUAUCGAUAUUUUGAUGUGAGAAUCGAUUUCAGAGCAUGAAAGCUGGUAACGGAAGUAUCGAUAUUUCAACUGUACGCUGAUCCCGUUUCUCCUUCCCGACUACUUAAUGACGUCUCUUGAUGCCUCCAAGUGUGACCUUACACACGUCGACAAGAACUCCCUGAAGCCCACAAUGAUUUCCUCAUAUACCUCCUGAUUGACGGUGCAUUUUUUGAUCGAGCCUAACGAGGCGGCGGCGUCAGGUUUGAAAAGGUGCACGCUUGGCGCUCAAGAGCUUUCCUGUCAGUGGUAUUGAUCAAAGCGAUGGAGGAGGGCGCUCUUCACACGUUUAAACGCAGUCAUUAAAGCUCUUUCUCCUCAUUUGGAAGCCAGCCCGUCACAACUGCGGGGCUGCUUUGGAGUUUUUAGGCUUUGCAGCGAAGCUGUGUUGGGGUAAAAGACAGCUCCAAGUUCUUUGUAUUCCCUCUAAUUGUCUCUCUUAAUCCUGCAAAUGCAAUCUCCUGCAGGCGUCUGCUGGUAAAAAUCACUGCACGGAUGUUCUCCUAAUGAGUGGUGAGCCACAAGUCAGUGUGCGUCUACUGCAGUGUCUUAUUCAGCAACUUUGUUCUUCCCUUUCACACUGCCCAUGAAAACGUGCAUUGUUUUGCCUUUUCACCUGUCACUGUUCUCUAUAAAUUGCACAGACACGGAAUGCUGCCUUCUGGGGUAGUCUCAGAACCCCCAUUCACACUGCCCCUAAAGUCUGCAUUUUUCCGCCUUUUUCCCCUGUCAUCAAAUGGUAGCGGGUGAGGUCGACCCGGCAAUUUUCUGCCUUCUGAGGUGGUAUCAGAAGCCCAUUUCACACUGCCUCUAAAAGCCAGCAUUUUUCUGCCUUUUUACCUGUCAUUGUUCUGUACAAAUGGCACCGACACAAAAUGAUAGAGGGCGAUGUCGACCCGGCAAUUUUCUGCCUUGUAGUAUCAAAAGCCCCUUUAAUAUUGCCCCUAAAAGCCGACAUUUUUCUGCCUUUUUCCUGUCAUUAUUCUGUAUAAACUGCACUGACACGGAAUGGUAGAGGGCGAUGCCGACCCUUCAAUUUUCUGCCUUCUGAGGUAGUAUCAGAGUCCCCUUUAACACUGCCUCAAGCCGGCAUUUUUCUGUAUAAACUACACAGACAAGGAAUGGUAGAGGGAAGUUGUUCCAGCAAUUUUCCCGCUUUGUGGGUAGAUUCAGAACUGUAACAGGGGCAGGAUACUCGCUGGUGUGCAAGGGAAUUGCGGACGACACACAUACGUCACAUCACAUGUUGGCUUUGACAUCGUCACACAUUCAAUGAUGUGAUAGGUUCUGUGUAAAAGCAAAUCGGGUGUAAAAAAAACAAUUUUUUUAAAAUGAUUGUGUCAAUUUUGUGGGAUCUCUGUGUAAAAUGCACUAAAUGGUCAGAUUGCUGAGGGAUGUUACGAUGCUGUCUGAAAGUGCAGAAGUUGCAACAAUAUCCUGAUUUGGGUUCUGUGUAAAAGGCACAAAGGUCUAUUGUUGGAAAUGUUGCAGCAUGUAUGAUUUGGACAUCUCAAUUUUCUGGGACGUCUUUGUGAAAGGCGCUCAAUUAUUUGAUUGUGUGAUGCUGACGACGCAGCCAUAUUCCAUUUUUCCUGGAUUCUGUGAGAAAAGGCACAUGCGGAUAAACUCCGGUGCAGCUCGGAUACGGCAAUCGUGUGUCAUGUCUGUGUGAAAGAGGCUUAAUCAUGUGUUACUGUGUGAAAGUCCUCACAGUUUCAGCGAUAUCCCGCUUGCCUGAGUUCUGUGUAAAAGACAAAUAAAUGCCGGAUCUAUUGUUUGGGUCAUUUUGCGGACUCUCUUGUGACCAAAAUGAUGUGUUGCUGUGUGAAAGUGCACACUUUUGUGCCAAUAGUCACUUAUAUCUGUGCGUGUAAUUCCCAUUGUGUACAUUUAUUGUAAAAUGCAAAAAAAAAAAGUAUUUAUUUUGUACUUUUUUUCUGACAACCUGUCACCGAGGGCGCGUAAUUUGCUUGCGUUGCACAAUUCAUGCAUGAAAAGUUUACCACACACUUUGACGUUUAUAAAAAGUCACUAACGUAUCUAAUCUGUACGAUUAUAUGCAUUAUGCAAUAUACGCGUUAUGAUUUCGCUUUCCUGCCGCUGUUGUUGUGCAUGCUACGCCACUCUUGCUUAUCACCUUCUCCACUGCAACUGGCUUCAAAUAAACUUUGUACUUCUACCUUCCAUCUUUUUCCUUCUUAUUUCUCUCCGGUGCUUCUUCUUGCUUCCCCGUUUCGUGGACUUUGUGUAGCAUUAUUCAAGGUUUUUAUUUUAGAUUUGAUUUCCGCACUGGGGCGGGGCUGAAGAUCACAGCCUGAUGAGGCCGUCAGGACCACAUCGUCUGCAAAUAGAAGCGACGAGAUCCUCAGGCCCCCUGACUACCCCCCCUUGCAUGUAGAAAUCCUGUCCAUAAAGAUUAUGAACAGAGACCAACAGUCACCGGGAACUCUAACUCGGCUUAGUGCUGACAAGGGUAAACAGGCUCCUGGCCCUGCGUGCCACCAGCCCCGUACUCCCGGAGCACUCCCCACAGGACACUGCGAGUGACAUGGUCCUUUUCCAUUCCCAGCACACCCCCACUACAUGUUUGAGUGUACCAGGUCUGUCUGGCAGCCUCCCCCACCAUCUAAUCCAACUCAUCACCAGUGGACAGCUCAGCCCAUCUUCACAUGCAGUCGCAGGUCUGAUGAUACGACCACAAAGUCCAUCACAGACCUGCGGCAUUGGGUGUCCUGGUGCCAGGUGCACUUAGGACAUCCUUACGUUCAAACCUGGUGUCAGUUAUGGACAAAUUCCAAGUCCAAUAACCCACACCGCACAGGUUCAGAUCGAGGAGGCCGUUCCGCCCAAUCACGCCCCUCCAGGUCACAUCGUCAUUGCCCAAAUGGCCGCUGAAGUCUCCCAGUAGAACUACUGAGUCACCAGCAGGGAUGCUCUCCAGCACCCCUCUGAUGGGCCCCAAGAAGGCCGGGUACUCUCAUCUGCCGUUUGGCAUAGGGAAGUGACCCUCUUCAGCGGGGGGGUUAUUAAUAAGCCCACACCAGCUCGCUGCCUCUCCCCUGCGCAAACUCCAGCGUAUAACAAGGUCCAGCCCCUCUCUAGGAGUUUGGUUCCAGAACCCAAACUGCAGGUCGAGAUGAGUCCAUACGGUGUUCUGAAUCACUCUUUGCCAGGCCCGUCACCCAGGACCUGUUUGCCUCGGGAGAUCCUACCAGGGCCAUACGGGAAAAUGAAUCAUGAAAAAGUUAGUGCUGGUUUCAUAUGGAAAAACAAAUGAAGGAAGGAACACCCUCAGCCUUGCCCUGCUUUCAAAAUAAGAGUCAUGUUGUGAUGAGUUCCCUGGCAUGUAGAAGAAUUGACUGUUUGUGUGUGCUUGUGCACGUGUCAUUGUGCUGUUGUUUAUGUCUCCUACUCAACAGGAUCAGCAGGACGUGCCGGUUAUGACUCGUGUUUUGUUUAGUUUUUGUUUUUUUUGGUCCUGGAUUAGAUUGGUUGGACAAAAACUGUAGAAGACAUUUUAUUGUGUUGCUUGAUGACAGCCGUUUAUCUGUUUGCACUGCAUCCUCAAAGAAACAACCUGUCAGUGUUUUUUUUUGUCAGUUUAAGAUUAAAAAAGCCACUAUUUCUGCACCCAGUAAGCAUUUUCGAGGAAAGGGAUUGGAUCAAAAAGAUGUUUCUCCUGGUUGAGAGUGUAAGUAGUUUUCAUGUAAAGAAAAACAGCGUCACGGGAGAGAGGAGUGACAGGUGAGGGUUAAAUAAAACAUUUGAGGCAUGAAGAUAAGCUUCAGAGGUUGAUAGUGAGAGAAGAAAGUUUAUUUUUGGAACUUCGUCUUCUUCCCAUCAACAUCAACAUACAGUCAAACCUCGCUUUUCCAACACCCCCAGUUUUUGUAUGCUUCGUUUUUCCACCAACAUUUUUGGCUAAACAUUUGUCAUCCAAUAUUGCGCAUAACAAACUUCAGCAUUUUACCCUUUUUCUACGCUGAAUCUGGAGGUAUUAAUAAAUGUGGAUGAAGGUUACUCCCAGCUUUGCUCGUCUCUUCAGCCAUCUUGGAUGUGUCAGACGAUACUUAGUUGACACAGUACCACGGUACCCAGUACCCACCGAGCAAAUAACACGUUCUCAAUCAAGACUCCAGUUGCGUUUUGUGUUUCACAGCCUUUACUUUGAAAACUUAACAUACAGAAAUAGGGCCCUAAUGAAAUCCGUUUUAUAAUAUUUCCCAAAUUCCCCCCCCUUUUUUUUUUACUUAUUUUACCAGCAUUGAGUGUGUACUUUUCUGAUGUCUGCUUAUUAAAUGCAAAAAUCCUUACAUUUAUUGAUGCACUACACGAUUGGACAAUUCUGCCCAGUAUUUCAGGAACAGAUGCAGCUUGGCUGACUUCUGGGAUUGUCAGCCUUUGCACACACAAGAUCAACAACCUGCUCUUAUUUUGAAGGCUGGAAGUGUGUUGUGUGUGUUGAGAAUGUUUAAGGUUCAGACGAGCUGGGUGUAUAUAAAAUAAAUGUGUCUCUCAUACUUAUUUCACUCACAUCUUACACGACGUCAGCGGGCAUUGUAAAAAUGCUUGUUUGCGUUAACAACACUGUGUCAACACUCAUACAGUCUGACUCGCACACACACAGUCGCACUAGCAUGCUCUGCUAAACUAAACUAACCCAGGCUAGCUUCCAGUCACGCUCAGUAAGAGAGGAGUUUCCACGUUUUUCCCCGCAAGUUUUGCCGGUUUUUCAGGUCACCAUCUCGACAUGUUUAGUUCAGGAGGGGGUGGAGUAGAGUUUGUGAUGAGAUUCCGCCACGAUUGAGCGGUCGUCCAGGGAAACACUUCCCCACACAAACGUUCCUUCUCCUCACGAUGACAGCAUUUCAUUCGCAUGAUGUCAAUUUCCGCAAGAACAGUAAAAAUAGCUUACGUGAAUAAAUCUAUUACAAUUGCAUCUGCAACUACGUCUUCUUUAACCACAAGGGCAGAUAUGAUCGUUUGUUGAGGGUUUUGCAGCAAUGAAAAGUUAGCCGAGCUGCAUCUGUUUCUGAAAUACUGGGCAAAAUUGUCCAAUGAUGUAUUGCAUCAAUAAAUGUAAGGAUUCGUGUCAUUUUAUUGACUGACACAAAAACACACACAAUCUAUGGUGAUAAAAUAAGUCUAAAAAGUAAAAAACAUAAUGUAAAAAAAUUAAAAAGCGGAAUUUAGGAAAAAAUACAACGGAAUUUGAGGAAAAAAAUAAAACUGAUUUCAUAGGGCCCUACAGUAUUAGAGCCCUCUAGUCAUGAAAUAACACCCCUAUAGUCAACGUCACACUUCUAUUACCAAAUAUAGUAGACAUAAUCAGAGAGAAUAAGACUUGUACUUGUGUGUGUUGCUCAAAAUGUGUUUCCAUGUUUGGGAUCAGGAAGUGACGCUGGGGUUCAGAGUUGAGUUUCGGCUUGGCAUGGGUUACGGCCACAGCAGUGGAAUACUACAUUUCAUCACAAUGUUUUUGAAUGAGUCUUUUGAAUGCCAUAUUUUACUUAAUUGAGCAAUUUUUAUGCUUGAAAAUGCUGAAUGUAGGCAAAAAAUACACAUACAAUUUGCUUAAAUUUGACUAAUAAUACUGUAUGCUGUAUUCAAACACAAAACUGUAUGGUUUAUUAAUUAAUAUAUUUUUUAUAAACUGUGAUAGAAUGAAGCCAAAAUUGAAAGCUCAAAGUGGAGGGACACUGGGGGCGGGGCAUGGCAGAAAAUAACAUCUAUGCAAGUUGCACAAAGAAAGGCCCAGCAACAAGGAGACUAUACUCUAUGUAAUAUGGCGUAUGUAACCUACAGAGGAGGUCCCCCCAGUGGUUAGUCAGUGUUUCCAUUCAUUGUGGACCAGCGUGGUUACCGAGUCAACAAAGGGGGACUAGACACAUCGGGACACAUCGGGACUAGAAAACAAACACGUACUGUUGCCGCAUGCAUGCUAACUAGGAGCUCUUCUGCUUCCUCCCCGACCGGUUUGAUGGCCUUCGAAGCCACGCGUCUCUGCUCUCUCUCUCUCACACGCACGCACGCACGCACACGCAGUCACGCACACACACACACACAUAACUGUGCUUCAUCCUCUGCCUGGCAGAAGAAACACCAACAAGACGGCUGUAUGGGAUGAAACCAGGGGGCAACUUCAAUCCUGCAUUGCCAAAUAAAUCAGGAUUUCGUCUGUAAGCAGCAGUCAUUUUUGACUACCUCAGAUAUGCCAGAUAAAAGAAAACAGCAAAAAUUAGGCACGUGUUUAAAUGGUUGUCAAAGAGGAAGCAAAAGGAGACAGUUGGGACACACCCGAGUGACGCGACGCGACACACACAAGCACACGCACACACACACGCACACACACAAUGUUCGUACAUGCAAGUCGUCUCUUCCUGAUAGCAAAUUUCAAUAAAUAAUUGAAGUGACGGCGACCAAAUGGACAAAUAAACUGCAAGCACAAAGAAAACCUUUUGAUGUUUGACAUUUUCCAAUGUUGACCCUGUGUAAAUAACGUCCUGUGGCGUGGUGCGCAUGUCACGUGACAUGUUUUUAAGUGGAAGGCUUGACUGACAACACAGACAUUUCAUUCUAAAGUGUCAUUAUAAAGUGGGCCUCAG